AUGACGGUGUCCGAAACCGCAUAUCGAUCGGGUCAUAAAAUUACAAAUUAUACAUCAUAUAAGAAUGUGACGGACAUUGGAAAAUACUACAGCGAAAUGAAGGAUUUCUACCUGGAGUCUAUUGAAAUCGGGUUCAGCGUGCAACGGAAUCAACCGAGAAUAGUCAUUAACCUCAUUGUACCUAUAUAUUGCAUAACCCUCAUGGACGGUUUCAUUUACGUGUUUGGAAAUGGUAUGCAACGAGCGUACUUGCUUCCUGUGUAUUUCACUUUUUUCUCUGACAUCUCCUCCAUUUACACCAUCUCCAGGCUUCCUCAUAUCGGUAAGUCAAUCGCAGAA